AUGAAGCUAAAGACCGCUGUUGUCUUGAUUGCGCAUUUCCUUCAAAGCUGCAUUGUGAAUGGGCAGACCUUUUGCAGAAGGAACGUGACUUCGGAAUGGCAAACACAGCCAACAGUGCAUGUCGUGAAGUGGUCCCUGACUCAAAACAUCUGUUCCAACUUCUACACAGACUGCUGGAUUAUUGAUUCAGAGUGUGAAAGGAACGGUGUAGAAAACAUCAUUCUGAGUAUUCCUCAGAUUUGUCCUGUGCAACUUCAGUUGGGAGAUGCAGUCUUUAUUUCUUCUGAGCCAUCUUUUCAGUCACACGGAAUGAACCUGGCCAAUGUUUCCUUGGAAGAAUUUGUCAGGUGCCCUAAACAAGCAGAUGUCCCUCAGAAGCAGCUAAUUUUUGAUUGCAGGUUGCGAGGGAUGCACCAGAUCGAUCCGCAAUGGCUUGGAAUUGGAACACAUUACUUUGCAGAAGUACCAUCCCGGGGACCUCUUUUAUGUAAUUUAGGACUUAGACUGAAUGUAACAGUGAAACCACACCUUUGCCAGCAGUCUCCAAGUGCACCUUUUUGCUCUGGACAUGGCAAAUGUCUAAGUCAUGUCUGGGAUGAAGCAUAUACUUGCCACUGUAACCAGCCCUAUUCAGGACAAUUCUGCCAAGAAUUUGAUGCGUGCUCCACUAACCCCUGUGACAAUAAUGCUUCGUGCAUCGACAAAAGGAAAAAAGGAGAACAUGGUGGGGAUACCUAUGAAUGCAUAUGCUCCCCAUUGUUUGCAGGAAAGAACUGUUCAGAAAUAAUCGGACAGUGCCGGUCACAUAGUUGUGUCAAUGCCAACUGCAGCAGUGUUUCUCCAAAUACUUACAGAUGCCAGUGCGAUAAAGGUUCUGCAGGUAAGAAAUGCACUUAUCACACAAAAAGCUGUUAUCAUGAGGGGCUCUCCACUGAAGAUUUUCAAGAAAGGGCCUUGUCUGUGCUUCAGCCUAAUGGAGUGUGGGAGAAACACCCAUACCUCCCCUCCACCACUGCAAUGCUGAUUAAUGCAGAAAUUGAUGGAAUAAGCACACGAGAAAGUGACAAAGACCAGAAAUAA